GCGCGUCAGCCGCGCUGUAAGCAUCUUUUGAACGUAUUGCUCAUCACCUCUUAUUAAAUCUACACACUUUUGGCAUCCCUCAAUAAAUUAUAAGUACUUACAGUUGAGUACCCACGAGGUUUCUCCACAGAUUGAUUAUUCGACCCCCGUACACGUGAAAAACGCAUCUGAGCACAUCUCAUCAGCUGAUCGAUACUUACUGAUCUCAGGAUAACAAUAACACACAGGAUUUCAGAGUUUCGCGCUCGCGUACUCGUAGUAUACGCAUACAAGUAUCACACGCAGUUAACGAUCGAACUUUGAAAGGUAAAUUCAGAGGAGCUCACAAGAGGCAUCAGUUGGUAUACAAGAUAAAAAAGAAUCAACUUUACAUUAUAAAAGUGUACGGGUGAAGGUCGCAUCAACCCUCUCUUACCCUCGUGUGCCACAUACCUAUACACUACGCUUUUGUAUAUAUUACUUUGCUGUAUUAUACGUACGCGUGCGAGCUACAAGGACCCUCGCCUGUUCUCUCGCCUUGACCUUGAGGCUUGUCGUUGUAGAAGUUCAGAUAAUACACGUACACACGAGUGUCGCAAUUUACUCGUCUUCUGGUUCUGGUCUAUAUAUUACAUCCUAAGACCUUUAAAUAUACGUGUGGAAAAAAAAAAAAACAAAAAAAAAAAUGCCGGCUGACGCUGAAUUGAGUACUUUGCUAAACAGACGGCAAAAGAUCAACGAAGAUCUCGAGGAGGGCCGCGAAGUGGCUAAACAGUACAGAUUCGUCAACGUCUACACGGAAUUUCACGAGCUGACCAGGCGCCAGAUCAAACAAUACGAGCAGACCUUCAACAGGUUCGACGAUGGAAAAGACGGUUUUCUGGAUCUGAACGAGCUGAAGCGCAUGAUGGAGGUCUUGGGAGCGCCCCAAACACACCUGGGCCUCAAGGCGAUGAUCCAAGAGGUCGACGAGGACCAGGACGGACGUAUUUCCUUUCGCGAGUUCCUAUUGAUUUACCGUAAAGCGCUUGCCGGUGAACUCGAGCACGACUCUGGCUUGGGUCAGCUCGCUAGACUCACAGAAGUGGACGUGGACGCGGUCGGUGUCAACGGUGCCAAAAACUUCUUCGAAGCUAAGAUCGAGCAGCAAAGUAAUUCGAAUAAAUUCGAGCACGAGAUUCGAAUGGAGCAGGAAGAACGUAGGCGUCAGGAGGAGGAAAAGGCAGCGCGGCGCGAACAGUUCCGACAGCGGGCGGCUAUUUUCGGAAACAAUUGAACUAGCUGGUGAAGUCUUUAUAGAGAUCGUUUAUGCAUUUUUACGUUUCAUCAUUGUAAAUGAAUCAUAUAUUUGUAUGUUUUGGCCGAGUUGGUCAUUUUUAUCGGAAUGUUUUUUUGUUGUUAUCGACAGGUAUUUUAAAUCGAGAUUCUUAUGUUUCUGUUUCCUUUUUUUUUUUUUUUUUUUUUUGCAGAAUCGAUAAGAAAAAAAUUAUAUUGCAUGAAAACGCUUGUUUGAUUCAGUACAACUGUUUUUUUUUUGCAGAAUCGAUAAGAAAAAAAUAAUAUUGCAUGAAAACGCUUGUUUGAUUCAGUACAACUGUUGGUUACAUUUUAAUAUUUUUAAACCUAGAUAUACCUACGCUAAUCGCAACAUUGUAAUAUUAACCGAAAGUGUGUAAAAAACGCACAACAGUGCAAUUUAUGUUUUUGUGUAUCAUUUUGUCUUUUCUUAAACACGUUGAGCAUUUAUUUUUAUAGUUUACUAGAUUUUUGUCGAAUUUUAAUUAAAAGAAAACAACAAUUUUUAGGUGUUAAAAUAACGUUUUACUUGUACUAAGGAAAAAAAGCAUACAAAAAAAUCCGUAUACUGCAUUUUAAAAUAUUGCGUUUACAAACGUUGAGCCGAAAUGUAACAUUUUUAUCGAACUGAUAAAUUAACACUGAUCGACUGACGCGCACAGAGUACCGUUUGUCACCACACCUAUAUAUACUUAUGGGCAUUUAUUUAUUUAUUGCAAUGUUGUUUCUUGAUAAAAAAAUUUUUUGUAUUGUAUAUAAACUAUGUGAAACUAUUAUACAACUAUGUAGAUGUUAAUUUAUUACAUGUAUUUGAAAUGAGUUAAAGUGCGAAAAUUGAUAUUGUGUUGUACAUACAUGUUUAAUAAAACUGCAUUGGUAUUAA